AUGAACAAACAGUUCCCUAUUGCUCUUGUCCUCAUUCCCCCAUGCUACCCGCUUCGUUGUUCUUCACUCACACACUUAUUCCUCCCACGUACCCGCCUCAUUCCCUCCUGCAUCUCGCCUCAUUCCCUCCUGCUUCCCGCCUCAUUCCCUACUGCUUCCCGUCCCACUCCCCAUAGGUACCCGCCGCUGAAACCCUUCGCACACUGCCUCGUUCCCCCCACCCACCCGCCAAAGCCCCUCCAGCUUCCCGCCUCAUCCGCCCUCGUUCACCGCCUUAUCCCCCUUUGCUACCCGCCUCAUUCCCCCUUGCUACCCUCCCCAUUCCCCCUUGCUUCAGGCCUCAUUCCCCCUUGCUUCGGGCCUCAUACUCCCUUGCUACCCCCCUCAUUCCCCUUUGCUUCCCGCCUCAUUCCCCCUUGCUACCCUCCUCAUUCUCCCUUGCUACCCCCUCAUUCCCCCUCGCUACCCGCCUCAUUCCCCCUCGCUUCCCGCCUCAUUCCCCCUUGCUACCCACCCCAUUCUCCCUUGCUACCCCCUCAUUCCCCCUCGCUACCCGCCUCAUUCCCCUUCGCUUCCCGCCUCAUUCCCCCUUGCUUCCCACCCCAUUCUUCACUGCUACCCGCCUCAUUCCCCCUUGCUUCCCUCCCCAUUCCCCCUUGCUUCAGGCCUCAUUCCCCCUUGCUUCGGGCCUCAUUCUCCCUUGCUACCCCACAUCCUUCCAUUCCCCAUACUUCCACCUCCAUCGCCAGCAACCUGAGAAACAACCUCCUCACAGGAAAAGUCCUCGAGCCCGUGCCACCUAACGUGAAGAUGUACAAGCUAGACAACAACUACCUGAGUGAGGGAUUCUCGUCCCCCCCACCAUGCGGUCAGGGCUACAUCACAUACCACAGCAACUGUGCAGCCACGCCAGCAGAGGGCCUUGCGUGUGAUGUGGACGAGAGUCAAAAGGCUGACCCCGUCUGCUCUGCCUUCUGCGGUGUCUCGCCCACCGACCCUCCCUGCAACGGCCAUGGCGUGUGCUUCUUGGACGGUCCCAGCAGCACGCCCACAUGCCUCUGUGACGAUAACUACGUGAUUGGGGAGUUCCCCGGCAGCUGUGUGGCUGUGGCGGGUGGUAAGACGGAGCAAAAUCUAACGCCCACAGCAGCCACGCUCACAGCCACUGGCGACGCCUCCGUGGAUGCUGCAACAGCCACGCUCACUCUCACGCCUGCCCAGCCGUCCAAGGCUGGCAGUGUGUUCCUGGUAGCGCGUGUGCCGCUCUUCUCCUACCAGCUCAUCGGGGACAGUUGUGGCCGUGAACUCGCCUUCUCCUCCUCCUUCUCCUUCACUCUCACCCGCCCUGCUGCCUCCGGCUCCGAAGGCUUUGCCUUUGUGGUGGCCUUUGAUGCCACCCCGCCCACAACACCGGUGGCGGGCGGCAUGGGGUAUGCGGGGAUGGGAGCGCGCAGCGUGGCAGUGGAGUUUGACACGUCGAUGGAUGCGCGCAACAGCGACCCUGACAGCAGCCACGUGGGCAUCAACACCGGCGGCAAUGCCACGUCCGUGGUCACAUCCAGUAUGAGCACCCCUCUCAAUGACGGCACGCCCAAGCACGUGUGGAUCGACUACGACCCUUCCUCUGAUGGCUCCCUGCGCGUCUUCCUCUCCUCCCAUGCGUCCCCUCGCCCCACCACCCCCCUCCUGUCGGCACGCAUCUCCCUGUGUGAGGAGCUCGCCCCCUCCCCAUCGGAGUACACCUUUGCUAUCGACUUCACUGCUGCCUCGGGCGCCCAGCCUCAAACCCAUGUCGUCUCCGCCUGGACCCUCUCCACGACGCGGGGCUUUACGUUCAGCGAGGCGGCGCUCUCUCUGUCGGGGAUGAAUCUUUUCUUCCGCUAUGCCAGCUCGGGCAGUGCUGCUCCUGUGGGUGGCAAUGACGUGUAUGGUCUCGUGCUGAGCCGUCUUGGCUCAGGCGACUGCUGGGCGUACGCAGUGGUGGGCAGCAUCGAGGCGGCACUCAGCAUUCUCUCCAACACCUCAGCAGCGCCGGUGCUGUCAGUGGAGCAGCUGAAGGCCGCCAUGAAGGUCGGCUGCUCUGGCAGCACGCCCUCUCAGGCCUUCCAGCUGCUGCUCAAACUGGCACGCAAAGGAGGCGGGCUCGUGUUGGAAAGCCAGGGGCCGGCCGAGAAAGGCAAGAAGGCUGUCGUGAAGGCAGGCAGCAGCAGUCCUCUUUGCUCUCCGUUGCUGAAGCCACUGGCAAAGCUGCUUGGUGUGGCGUGCGGCAAGGGUAGUGACAGCGUACAUGCCUGCAUGCUGUUCCAUUCGAGAGCUUGUGUGCUCUAG